UGACACAACAGUGUCAAUGUGACGUACCAACAUGUGAAAUGUGUUCAUCGUCGGAAGCUGUUCGAUGUAGUUGGUGUUAGCGCGGAUUGUGGGAUCAGAAAUUGUUCGCCAGAGUUCCUUCUUAAAUUGUCACUAUUUUGGCUGCUGUCUAGUUUUCCAUUGUGUCUUUUGUUAACUAAAUUGUUAUAGAUAGUGUUGUGGGAAAUUUUUCUUUGAAGAGGAAGUUUUUAAUCAAUCUGAAAGUGGAAAUUGUAACAUGUGGAUUACAUUGACGAGACCUGACAAGAGGAAACGAGAAUUUUGAUACUGUUUUUACAUAUUAAUGUCUUGAACAACUGACGCAAACGUUAUAUGCUGCUUUAAUUAAAGUACGAAAAUAUGUCUAAAGCAAGAGUUCAUGAAAAGAAUGGUACCGCUGCUGUUAAACAAACUGAAUCCGUGUGGGUUAGGGCGUUUACAUCGAAUUCGGAAUGGCCAGAUAAGGAGGAAUUUUUAGACGUGAUCUAUUGGGGAAGACAAGCCCUUGGAAUCGUAAUUGGAUUGCUUUGGGGGCUAAUACCACUGAGAGGAUUUAUUGGCCUGUUUUUGUUUGUGCUGAUAAAUGCUGGCCUCAUAUACAUAUAUUUCACAAAUUUUCAAAAUAUAGAUGAAGAGGAGUAUGGUGGUGCUUGGGAGAUAACCAAAGAAGGGUUUAUGACUUCCUUUGCUGGAUUUUUGGUGACGUGGAUCAUAAUUUAUUCAGGGUUAAAUUUUGACUGAUUGUAUUUGUGUGAACAUUACUUUAAUGUUCUGGGAAUGUUGUUACAAAAUAGUGAACUAGAAAAGUACACUUUGCAGCUGUUUGGCCUGUAAAGAAGUAUGUAAGUUAUUUAUCUUGUUAAUAAAAAGAUGUAUGGUGUCUGUUUUAAUAUAUAA